AUGGAUGGGAUUGCACAGAAGCGUUUACAACACGCAAAUUCCCAUGGCUGCGUGUUGAGGCGCUUAGCCGGCUGCAGAAGGGCCUGCAGCAGGUUUCUGAUGCGUCCCAUGCUUCAGUUGCGUGCUGUGGGAAAUGGCCAGGUGCGAAAUGAGCGGGGCGCACUGCAUGCAGGUUCUGGGGGAGCCGGUGGGGCACACACGGACGCAGUGUCGCCACUGCAGCGGGGGGUCAUGGGCACAGUGACUCAUCGAUUUGGGUGUCGCACCAUCGGUUUUUGGCUUUUCCAUGUAUCAUGGUUUUCAUGUAUUUCAUGGGUCGUUGGCACGCAUCGGACUGGUGCAAUGGUUUGCGUGCUUGCCUAUGCUUUUCAUCUCUUACUUAUCUCUUGCGGGGUUUUUGUGGAGGGGGGGACAGAGGUGUAA